AUGGUUUGUACAGGAGCCAAAAGUGAACAACAAUCAAAAUUAGCAGCACGAAAGUAUGCCCGAAUUAUACAAAAACUUGGUUUCCCGGCAAAAUUUAUGGAUUUUAAGAUUCAAAAUAUAGUUGGAUCAUGUGAUGUGAAAUUUCCAAUUAGACUCGAAGGACUUGCAUACUCUCAUGGUGCUUUCUCAAGGUAUGAGCCGGAAAUAUUCCCUGGAUUGAUUUAUCGUAUGAAUCAACCUAAAAUUGUGUUGCUUAUUUUUGUUUCUGGGAAAAUUGUUCUUACUGGAGCAAAGGUUAGAGAAGAGAUGUACACUGCCUUUGAGAAUAUAUAUCACGUGCUAAUAGAGUUCAGAAAGAAUCAACAAUAG